AUGACCCUAUCUCAACGCCUUUUGGUCGCUGAUGCUCAUAAGAUGAUCCGUGACGAACGCGCGGAUCGCGUUGAAGUCGGGAGCAGUGACGUGAGCGGUAGCGGCUCUGAAGCGUCUGGCCAAGCCUCAAGAUCUUUGAGACGAACUAGUCGGGAGAUUCCUUUCGACCAGAUAGACUACCGACCCACGAUCUAUCAUCCUGGUGGGAUCUUCGAAAAACUCGGCCCACUCCCGUCUGAAUUGCUUCUUGACCCGCGGGCUCAGUUAUGGGGGAAUGUCUUCGAUUCUUGCUCCUCCCACAAGACGGUGAAGGAUUUGUUGAGGCGAAGUGGAGGUGCCGGCGUUACAUACAUCAUUCCUUCCAAGGGACAGCGUCCUUGGUCGCCUCCGAUUGGCUAUCAGUGUGUCUAUGAGUCUUAUUUUGGAGACCAUACGAAGCUCUGGUUUCCAAUUCCCCGACUGAUCACGUCGUACGCAUUCCGUCGGGACAUCGCCAUCUGUCAGUUGCUUAACGGGUCGCUGCGCAUCGCGGUUAUGCUAAUGGUGAUGGCAGCGGAGAUAGAUGUUUCGAUGAGUGUGAGAGUAUUCGAAGAGUUGACUUUUACGAAGGUGGAGCCACAUGGAAUAUUUUCAGUGAAGAUGCGCUCGAGCUACAACGUCUUGUCAGGGCACCCGAACAAGACGAAGGACUGGCAGUGCUCAUAUUUUUACGUCAAAUCUGACGAGCAUGCCUUCUCGGAGCCACCUGGGGACGACUACCGCGUUCUAUGGAACAAAACGCUUGUUCGUCACCCGAAUACGAUCGCAUACCCGGAGAAAUUCUUCGAGAGUGCUCAGGCGAUCGCGGCUCACAGUCAUCUUCGUUGGCCUGAUCUUAGUCGAGAGUGGAUAAGACGUCAAGAAGCUCGGAUUGCUAGAGCUGAUUGGGAAUCGAAGCUUCCUGUUUUACUCGGGCCCCGUAAGUCGCGUCUGUCCCUUUUUACUCGGAAACAGCAGAAACUUCUGGACGAAGCUAGGAAGAUGGACGGAGUGCCGGAUUUGAGGGCACUGUUGAAGGGGAAGCUGCAAUUGCUUUCGAAGAAGUCAAUUCCUGCCGAUGUGCAAGGGUCGACCAGUCCUGACGCAGACCAAGCUUCGAAGGAAGGAGCUCCUGGUUUAGUCGACAAAGACGUUGGGGCGGAACCUCCUGCCUCAAGUCCUAAAAAGAAGAAGAAGAGCAAGAAACCCAGGAGAAAAGCAACCGAAGAGCUUCCUCUUGAAGAGAUCGCUUCUCUCGACGAAACCUCUGAGGGUUUGGAAACAAACUAA